GAUCGAAUAAUCACGACGUUUUCACUAUAUAUAAAUCUACCAGGACCAAUGCUGUGGUUUAUAUCGCCAGUACUAUAUAGCAACAUGAUGGGUGGAAUAUUUGUUGGAGCAUUUCUUCUUCUUUCCUUUAUCUCGGUGGUGAAAGGAAACUGUUCCUUUUCCCGCAACUUGGCUGGAAACUGGGUAAUAGAUAAAGAUGGAAAGGAACUUGGGCGCAUGUCGAUUGGCUACACAAGAAUGGACGUGAAUUUUAUGGGCCAACGAUACAACUACACCUGUAAUCAGUUUGACUACAGUGAAGAAAAGUAUCUACUGAGGGCCACAAACGGGAAUGGGAUGGCAUGCCUGUUAUUCACACAGUUCAGUGACGGGGGCUCCACUCUUAUGAUGAUCCGUCUUCAUAUGACCCACCACUAUGAAGAUAAGAAUUUCUUCAAGCCCCAACAAGUAGCGGGGUCUCCAACCAUGAACUCAGUGUGUAACAACUAUGACGAUGGACAAAUGCUGUUUAUUCACUCUGUGCCCUGAAUUGUCUUACAUUAUUGAAUCUUAAUUGUGUUUGAUAUAUUU